AUGUUGUCAAAUGAAACAAAGAUAACUACAAUCAUCCUGCUGGGAUUUGGAGACUUGCAUGAAUUGCAGAUACCUCUUUUCUUGUCAUUUCUCGUGAUUUACAUCAUUGCGAUAACUGGAAAUAUUCUCAUAUUGGUGCUUGUCAUCUUUGAUCACCACCUUCACACUCCCAUGUACUUCUUCCUAGGGAAUCUCUCCUUCUUGGAGGCUUGCUAUACUUCUAAUAUAUUUCCAAGGUUCCUUUUGGCCCUCCUGACUGGAAACAAAAUGAUUUCUUUCUACAGCUGUCUGGCACAGUGGUAUCUCUGCAGUUCCUUGGUAGCUACAGAAUGUUGCUUACUCUGUGCGAUGUCUUAUGACAGGUAUUUUGCCAUCUGUAAACCACUACAUUAUUCAACGGUCAUGAACAUCCAGACUUGUAUCCAGUUGGCAGCUGCAUCUUGGAUAAAUGGAUUUGCAGUAUUUUUAAUAUUGCUUAUUUUGUUGUUGCAAUUACAUUUCUGUGGCCCCAAUGAAAUGGAUCAUUAUUUUUGUGACUAUUUCCCACUCCUAAAACUUUCCUGUAGUGAUGUCAGCUUGAUGAAAAUGUUGAGUUAUUUUGUUGCGGCCAUUUUUACACUCCCACCUUUUCUUCUAACCUUGGCAUCUUAUGUAUAUAUUGUAACUGCUAUCUUGAAAAUUCCCUCCACUACUGGGAGAAAAAAGGCUUUUUCCACCUGCUCCUCUCAUUUGAUUGUGGUUUCUGUUUUCUACGGGUCCCUAAUAAUUGUGUACAUGUUGCCAAAGGCUGAAGGAAAGAGAGAGAUGGGAAAAUUUUCCUCUCUCAUGUAUAUAGUGCUGCCCCCUCUGGUCAAUCCCUUCAUAUACAGCCUGAGAAACAAGGAGGUUAAAGAAGCUUUGAGAAAUAUAAUUGAGAGGAUUGUGCACUACACAGUUAUCCCAUAA